CACAUCUCCGGUACCUGACGUUCAUCGGCUUCUCUCCUCUCCUGCAAAACAGUAUCUGCAGCCUGAUCAGAACCUGCCAUGGCAGAAUUUAGAGGCAAUGAAACCCCAACAUCUACUGCAGAUGUGAAAGAUGUAAAAGCACCAAAUUUGAUUGAGCGCGCAAAGGAAGAGAUUGAGGCUAUGAUUCACCACGAUAAAAAACCUCACCAUCACAAGGAAACUCAUGGAACUAGUGACAUUGAUGAAAACACCCCAGUUGAUGAAGUUAAGGGACCCAAUGUAUUCGAACGAGUCAAGGAAGAAAUUGAGGCAGUUGUACAAAGUAUCCACCCUAAGAAAUGAUCCAACUCUUCUCAUGCCAUUAUUUAACAAUAUUGGUUUCCCUGUUUCAUUCUGAUGUACAAUAGUUAAUUGCUAUGUAUAAAUAGUACUGAUUUCUUGGUGUUUACAUGGAAGGUGUUGCUAUUUGUGACAGCAUUUGAUGUCUAUUGAUCUUUUAGAAGGA